AUGGGAGGCCCGGGUGGGCCGUCGCGCAGGACUCGAGCGAGGCAGACCCGGAGCGAGAGCGAGGGGCGCCUGGCCCCCAGGAAGAACCCGGAGGAGAAGGUGCGCCCCCAGCCCCGGCCCUCGUCCCCGGGGCUGCCAGACUCUCCGCUGCUGGCCUGGGUGUCCCCGUGUGCUGGAAGGCAGCUUCCCGUGGCCAUGGCCCCCAAGGGGAAGCCUGCCCCUGCAGGGAAUGCCCCCGCUCGGGCUAGGAAUAAGAUUGUCUGCACCCCGAAAUGGAUCAUCCUGACAACUAUUGGCUUCCUUUGCGUCAUCGUCUUCUGCGUAACCCUGUCGAUGUAUAUUAAGAUAGCCUCGAAAAAAAAGAACCCUCUUGAGGAACCCAUGAAGAAACUGAGGAAGACAAUUUCGGAAGGGCUCAGAAAUAAACCAUUCAAUUAUGCAAGUCAAUCCCUGUUCAAGAAAGGGGCAAGAACCAGUGGGGCCUGGAAGGUUUUUGAGAGAAGCCUCUACUACAUCUCCACGGAAAAGAAGACCUGGCACGAUGCCGAAAGCUUCUGCAUGUCCAGAGACGCCCACUUGGCUUCCGUCAAUACCGACAAAGAGCAGAACUACAUCUCCUCUCAGCUUGACGAACCUGCCUGGAUUGGCCUCACAGAUGAAAAUGAGGAGGGCAACUGGAAAUGGUCCGAUGGCUCCAGAGUAUUCCCAGAGUUCUGGGCUCGUGGCAGUCCUCGCCGCACAGCCGCCUAUGACUAUGGAGAUAUGGACAACGACUGCACCUUUAUACAGCCGUUUUCGUUGAGCGAGCGGAACUGGAAGGAUUUUAACUGUGAAGCACUCUACAGAUGGGUCUGUAAGGAGAGCCUGAGUAUUGAUACACCCUAA